CUAGCAGGAGCAGCUCUUAUAGCUCCAGUAGUUAAUUAUUGGUGGCCCAAAUUGCCAUCAAACUUAUCUCAACAAGCAUUUUCAAAGCAACUUCUUCAAGAUCAAUGGAGUCUGCGGGUCGCUCACUAUCUUCCAUCAUUGACCUACUGGUGGAACACUCAAAAAUGGUUUCCUGUUCUAACCUAGAUGACUAACAGCCAUAAUAUUCUAUCCCGCCAAGAUAGAGAACUCGUGCCGAUAUUUACAGCUGGCAGAUCAGCUGUUGAGGGACAAGUAAGACAACAAGGAGAAUACGAGUCUAUCCACCGUGACUUGAAUAUUGGGUUUGGUACAUGGGAAUUUGAUCCAACAGAAAUUGAGAACCCAUUUCCAGAAAACGAAGGGUCUGUUGAUAUAUUGAUGGGUGAUGAAGAUCUGUAUGUGCCCGUCAGACUGCAACGAUAUAUAGCCCAACAACUUCCAUGGAUAAACUACCACGAGCUCGCUGGUGCGGGCCAUUUGUUCCCUUAUGCAGAUGGGAGAAGUGAUGCCAUCCUAAAAGCACUUCUACUUGGCCAAACUUAGUUUAAAAUAUGUGUUUUUUUGACCCGUUAUGUAGCUUCCUAAUGUCUUGAACGAUUA